AUGGAGCUUGAGGGGCAGAAAUGCAUCAAGAACAGCGACUGUGACUCGGGCUUGCACUGCGAGACAUGCCUUGCAGACGGCAACGUCUUGCCAAAAUGCACCAGAACCCAACCCAUAAACCCCAUUUCUCAGGUCAAAACGCUGCCGUUUAAUAGGUAUUCAUGGUUGACAACCCACAAUUCGUUUGCGAGGUUAGGCGAAAAAUCGGCGACUGGCUCUUUAAUUGUUGCUCCUACUAAUCAGCAAGACUCCAUUACCGAUCAGCUUAAUAAUGGUGUUAGAGGGUUAAUGCUCGAUAUGUAUGACUUUCAGAAUGAUAUUUGGUUAUGUCACUCGUUCGGGGGCAACUGCUACAACUCUACAUCUUUUCAACCUGCCAUCAAUGUUCUCAAAGAAAUUCAAGCAUUUCUUCAAGCAAACCCAUCAGAGAUUGUGACCAUCAUCAUUGAAGACUACGUUACAUCACCAAAGGGCUUGACCAAGGUGUUUGAUGCUGCUGGCUUGAGAAAGUUCUGGUUCCCAGUGUCAAGAAUGCCCAAAAAUGGCGGAAAUUGGCCAACUGUUGCUGAUAUGAUCCAGAAAAAUCAGCGUCUGGUGGUUUUCACUUCGAAACGAGCAAAGGAGGCCAGUGAAGGGAUUGCCUACGAGUGGAACUACGUGGUAGAAAACCAAUAUGGAAAAGGUGGCAUGAUUGCCGGGUCGUGUCCAAAUCGCGCAGAAUCAUCUCCCAUGAACACAACAACAAAAUCAUUAGUCCUAGUAAAUUAUUUUCGAGAUGUUCCAGACUUAGUCGAAGCUUGUAAAGAUAAUUCAGACUCAUUGCUUCGCAUGGUCAAUACAUGUUCUGAUGCCGCUGGUAAAAGAUGGCCUAACUUCAUUGCAGUUGAUUUUUACAAGAGAAGUGAUGAUGGGGGAGCUCCUAGAGCAACAGACGUGGCAAAUGGUCAUUUAGUUUGCGGGUGUGGAACCAUCGCCAACUGCAAGGCCAAUAUGAGUUUUGGAGUAUGUUCAGAGCCUGAGGCUGAUGUUAUCCCUACAGCUGCACCAACAAACACCAACUUGGGUUAUUCAAAUUCAAAUAGGGGGCCAGUUCAAAUCCAGUGGUUGUUUGGGAGUCUUCUUGCGACCCUUCUCCUGUUGUUGUCUUCGUAG